AUGUGGUCAGACUGGAAGUCUGAUUUCCUGCUGGUACAGUGGGUAACAGGGAUGGCCAAUGAUCACCGGCUGUUUGUGACGGUCAGCUCACCGCAGGGAGUUCUCAUGGCUUCAAAGAACGAAGCCGUCGGUCAAAUGAACUUCCAGACUGAGGUGACAGGUUUUUACCGGAUGUGUUUUGGGAACCACAACAACCAGUUUGGAAGCAUCAGGGUCUUUCUGAACUUUGGCGUCAUCUACGAAGGCUUUGAGGAGUCAAAGAGGGAGCUGGAGGAGGGAGAGAGAGUCCUCAACAGCACUUUGGCCGGUAUUGAGGAGAGCGUACAGAGGCUCCAGAAUCAGAUCUUCCACAUGUGGCGUCAUUACAACUUCGCCCGCAUGAGGAAAGGGAAGGAUCAGUACCUCCUCCUGUCCAACCUCAACUACGUCACCUGGUGGUCGGCGAGCCAAAGCUUGGUCAUCCUCCUGUCUGGAUACCUGCAGCUCCUCGUCCUCAAAAGACUCUUCCACACAGACUCCAGCAGGCCGCGAUGCUGA